GCAACUUUCUCUUUGUUAUUCAAACAAAUAACGAUAAUUUAAUUAUCAUAGAUUAUCCAAAGACCAUAGAUCCUAUCACAGACCAAUGGUCGUUAUGGUAGUGAUUUUGGCGGACUGAUUAACGUAUUGUUUGUUUUGAUGCUCUUUGUAGUAUAAUCAAAAAUGAAGACCGAUACCACCAGGAAGGUUACAAUUAAAAUAGCUGGACAAGAAACACAUGAGAAUCUGAAACAUUCCCGAAGGACCUUUAGUGUUUUGCAACAAAAUUGUACAGAUAAAGAAAAUUUGGUUGGACGUUCUCGUCCAGAAAAAAGCCUCAAGUUGUCUUCAGAAACAGUAAAGCAUAAAACCUUUUCGGAAAAAGGCAUUCAAACAGAUGCUGUAAUAACAUCAACAGAUUUGACCUCAGAUGAUCCUGGAGUUGAUUAUUGGAGAAGACUUGCAGAAAAACGAGCUGAGGAUUUGGACAAUAGUUUCAGGGAAAAUGAGAAAUUAAAAGCCGAUAUAGAAGCUUUGCAGGAAGAAAACAAAAUAUGUAAAGCUAUGCUGGAAGAAUCUACUACAUUAGUGGAAAUAUUAAAAGAAGAAUUGUUAGAGAAGGGAGAUGAAGAGGAAGAAGAUGACGAACAAAAGGCCAAAGAUAGUGAAGAAGAUAAUUGAAAAAUAUUUGUUAUAAUUGAUAAUACACCAUCACUUGUUAGGUUUAAUAUUUAAGAGUAAAAUAAUUAAUUUGUA